AUGCGUACGUCCGCGCACACAUCAGCAGCGUCGGAGAUAUUAGCCUUAAAGAAAAACCCCAACACGGAGAAGCUACCCGACGCCCCGGAUCCACCGAAGCCCACAUGGGAUGAUUGUCAGCAGCUGCUCCAGACUCUCCUAACGACUGAGAAGAGGCAACGGGUUCUUUUAGAAGCCAGAAAAAAUGUAUUAGGUGCCAAUGGGCAACCUACCCAGCUGCCUAACGAGAUUGAUGCUGGUUUCCCACUCGUCAGGCCAAACUGGGAUUUCAAUGCCCCGGAAGGUAGGGAGCGCCUGAAAAUGUAUCGCCAGGCUCUGGUGGCGGGUCUCCAUGGAGCGGCCAGACGGCCCACUAAUUUGGCUAAGUCCCGGGUAACUCUUAAAGUGGAGGGGGAACCUGUUCAAUUUUUGGUGGAUACCGGAGCCCAGCACUCCGUCCUUCUCCACUCAAAAGGUCCUAUCUCAGCUAAAAGGUCAUGGGUACAAGGAGCCACUGGGAAUAAACAAUAUUCAUGGACCACACGAAGGACAGUAGAUCUUGGGAUUGGACGAGUAACCCAUUCAUUUUUGAUUAUUCCGGAAUGCCCCUAUCCCUUGCUGGGAAGAGAUUUACUCUCCAAAGUAGGGGCUCAAAUCCACUUUCAGCCAGAAGGUCCCACCAUAACUGAUAAUAAAGGAAGGUUACUUCAAAUAUUGACUAUGAAAUUAGAAGAUGAAUAUAAAUUAUACGAGCAGCCUUCAUCCUCACGAGUUAAUGUUACAGAUUGGGUAACUCGGUUCCCUCAAGCCUGGGCAGAAACUGCCGGUAUGGGGAUGGCCAAAAAUCGGCCCCCGGUGCUAGUGGAACUCAAGGCAACUGCCACCCCAAUAACGGUCCGUCAAUACCCCAUGAGUAGAGAAGCCAAAGAUGGUAUCCGUCCCCAUAUACAGAGGCUACUAGACUUGGGCAUGUUAAUAAGAUGUCAAUCAGCAUGGAACACCCCUCUCCUGCCGGUAAAGAAACCAGGAACAAAUGAUUAUCGGCCGGUGCAGGAUCUACGAGAGGUAAACAAACGGGUGGCAGACCUCCACCCCACAGUUCCAAACCCUUACAACCUCCUGAGCACUCUUCCACCUCAACAUACGUGGUAUACUGUUUUGGACCUUAAAGAUGCUUUUUUCUGUUUAAGACUCUCUCCCCUGAGCCAACCCUACUUUGCCUUCGAAUGGAAAGAUCCAACAUCGGGAAUGUCUGGUCAGCUGACAUGGACACGGCUACCUCAGGGAUUUAAGAACUCCCCGACCAUCUUUGAUGAAGCCCUCCAUCAGGAUUUGGCAUUAUAUAGAGAAUCAAAUCCCCAGGUAACAUUACUCCAAUACGUUGAUGAUAUUUUAUUAGCUGCUGAGACCCAAGAAGAUUGUAUCAAGGGUACUGAAAAACUGUUAACGGAACUUGGAACCCUGGGAUAUAGAGCCUCAGCCAAGAAAGCACAAAUAUGCCAACAACAGCAAGCAGAAUCCAUGUUACAACAGAUGCACAGAUGGACACAUCUGGGGACUAAAAAGAUGGUAGCCUUGUUACAAAAAGCCGGGUACGAAACCCCUGGAAUGACAAAAUUAGCUGAACAAAUUGUGCAGGAAUGCGUCCCAUGUCAACAGGUAAAUGCUCACAAAGGGAAACUUGAAACUGGAAAGAGACUCAGGGGGGACCGCCCAGGAACUUACUGGGAGGUGGACUUUACCGAAGUGCGUCCUGGAAGGUACGGUAAUAAAUACCUUUUAGUUUUUGUAGACACUUUUUCAGGAUGGAUAGAGGCUUUCCCAACAAAGAAAGAAACAGCUGCUGUAGUAGCCAAGAAGAUUUUAGAAGAAAUUUUUCCUCGAUUUGGAGCACCAAAGGUAAUAGGGUCUGAUAAUGGUCCAGCCUUCGUCGCCCAGGUAAGUCAGGAUGUGGCCAGAUAUUUGGGGACUGAUUGGAAAUUACAUUGUGCCUAUAGACCCCAAAGUUCAGGUCAGGUAGAAAGAAUGAAUAGGACUCUAAAAGAGACCCUAACUAAAUUGUCCUUGGAGACUGGCGGUACCGAUUGGACGGUGCUCCUUCCUUUGGCCCUAUUCCGGGUUAGAAAUACACCUUCCCGAUACCAUCUUACUCCUUUUGAGAUAUUAUAUGGUGCCCCGCCUCCCCUCCUCACUUUAGGAAAAGAAAUAAAACCUGAUUGUCAAAAUAACACUGACUUAUAUGCUAGGCUACUGGGACUCCUCAGGAUAGGAUGCUUUCUUUGGUGCAGGCAGCCUUUACGGUUCUCAAUGCUACAAACCCAGAGGCUACAAAAUCAUGCUGGCUUUGCUAUGCUGUCCCUCCCCCUUAUUAUGAUGCUAUAG